AUGGCUCACAACUCGGACGCUGAACAGAAAUCGAACCUGGUCCUCCGCGUGGACCAGGAUUCAGACUCGGUUCUACAAUCAUUGUUCGACACAGUGCUUAAGCCGGACUCGAAACGACCGCUACAGGUGCCUCUUCGAAUGCGACAGCUUCCAAAGUCGUUCUUUAACCCGCCGUCAACCGGUUCCAAGUCGCCAUCUGUGUCUCACUCGCGAGAAAACUCGGCUGACUCGGCGUUCGGAUCGUCGUCCGCCACUGGCGCCUCACCGGUGUCGCACUCUCGUGCACAUUCGUCACCCGCAAGUUUGCAACAAACUUAUGCCGCUGGUCAACAAAAUCAACAGCCACCGCUACAUCAUCAACAUACAAAACAGAGAUCUUAUGAUGUCGGAACACAUAUUCCUGACGAUCUUGGUCCACUUCCGCCUGGAUGGGAACAAGCUCGUACACCUGAAGGACAGAUAUACUAUCUCAAUCACAUAACGAAGACAACAACAUGGGAUGACCCUCGCAAGACGCUAGCGGCACAAUCGGUGACCAAUGCUGUUCAGCAUCAAAGCAGUGAAACAUUGCUGACACAGGCUUCCCCACCUCAACAAGCUAUUGCCAACACUACACCCACACCAGCAGCGAAGAGUACAAGUAGUAAUACAACGACGGAUCCACUAGGGGCCCUACCGGAGGGUUGGGAGCAGGCCGCGACGGCGGAAGGAGAGAUCUACUUCAUAAAUCAUGCGGCUCGCACAACAUCCUGGUUUGAUCCAAGGAUACCACAACACUUGCAACGUUCUCCAGCAGCGGGAACAGCUGGUCCGGAAGGUAUAUGGGGAAGUGCGUCGCUCCAGGCGUGCCAGCAAAAGCUUCGGCUGCAGUCACUGCAGCUCGAGCGAGAACGCCUCAAGCAACGCCAGCAGGAGAUCAGACUCCAGCAAGAGCUGAUAAUGGCGCGGCAGUCGUCCUCGAUUGUAUCAUCACUGGCAAGCAGUACGGGAGGUGUAGCGAGCACAGAGCUGCCCCUGGACCCGUUUCUGUCAGGGCUGUCAGACCACCAGCGACAAGAGUCGGCCGACAGCGGGCUCGGCAUGGCCGUGCCACAUUCGUAUUCCAUGCCGCACACGCCAGAAGGCUUCCUUUCGGGCAUGGAUGACCGCAUGGACUGUACUAGCGAGGCAGGCGCCAACCUCGAUUCUAAUGAUAUGACACUUGGCGACAAUCUCGACCCUACCGACGAUUUGGUGCCUUCUUUACAGAUGAACGAGUUCACAAACGACAUACUUCUGGACGACGUGCAAUCACUGAUAAACUCGACGCCGAGCAAGCCGGACAACGUGCUGACUUGGUUGUAG